CUCCGCUGCCCACCAGCAUCAGUGAGGGUCACGGUCCGCUCCAGUUUUAAAAGGCAGAUGGACCUCAGUGCUCAGUGGAGACUUCUGGACUCAUCAUCCAGACCACUCUGAGAGGUAAGACCUGAACCCUGUCUUCUUCAGGGUCUUUUUCCCUUUAAAUCUCUUACUGAUUAUAUUCUAAGAGCCUCGCUCAAACUGCAUGAGAAGGUUUUUCUAAAAGGUGAGCGUCUUUGUCUUCAAGUAAUCGUCAAAAAUCAGGAAUGAAGAUGUCAGAUUAGUUUACGGCUGAUGCUCACAGACACUAAUACUGUAAAGAGAUAAAACUGUGACUUAUAGAGGGGCGGCAGCAGCAAUGAGGAGAGGACAGCUCUCAGGUAGGAACAGAGUUUGAGGGUUUGUGAAUCAGAACCAGAACCAGAACACUUGAUUUCUGAUUCUGUAUGUUUAGAUGGAGUAUAAAAUAACAAAGGUGCAUACGGCUUACAGAGAAGAGUUUAACUUCUGGAUUUAUAUAUUAAAUUAUUGAUUACCUGUUACUUUUUCACAUAUCACUCCUUUUCUCUUUUUUCUGUUUCGUCUUAUUACAUAAAAAUUUAAACCCACUCUCAGAUGAUUAGAGCCUGAUAACUCUGUGUUUGGACUGCAGAGGAAAUUGCUCCAAUUUCCACCCUCUUAACUUAAAUGUGAGUAAACCUGAUUUAAAGUCACAACGUUUCAAUUAUGAAAGUGGAAGGUAUGAACUCCACAGAGACAUUUGUUGACCUAAUUUGUUGUCUGUAGUUUUCAAUUUAGUGACCAUGGAGAAGCUGAGAUCUUAGUCUGACCGAGGAUUCACUUCAGAAUCAUGAGAUAAUCCGAUUUAAACUUCAUCAGAGCAGCUGAGAAUCGAGAGUUAACACGCUGACACAUCUGUGAUAAUGACUCUGGCUGCUUUUUGACGUUUUUCUACAGAGUCCAGUCAGCAUGGCCGACCCCUACGACUGCACCAAGUGUGAGGAGAGUCUGUACGGGCUGAAGUACAUCCUGAGGGAGGAGCAGCCGUACUGCACCAAGUGCUACGAGGAGCUUUUCUCCAGCAACUGUGAGGCCUGCAGUCUGCUCAUCGGCUGCACCAGCAAGGUGAGAGUCUGAACCUUUACCGGGUCACGAGGAGUGACCGGGUCGUGUUUGUUUAGGGAAGAGCAUGAAGAGGUUAGUUUCUUGUGUGUCUGGAUCUGCGUCUCAGGGUUUCAGUUCUGAACACCGUGAUGAUCCGUGCACGUACAGAGAAUGCUCAUCUCAUGGUUGCACUCUGUCCCUCAUUGACUCUGCAGGAUCUUUCAUACAAGGACCGUCACUGGCACAGCAACUGUUUCCUCUGCAUGAAGUGUGACUCCUCCCUGGUGGAUCGACCUUUCGCCGCCAAAGACGACACGCUGAUGUGCACCGACUGCUACAGCAACGAGUUCUCAGCCAGGUGCUGCGCCUGCCUGAAGACCAUCAUGCCAGGUGAGGAGGCCGAGCACAUCUGGAGACACACUUUGGUGACAUUCUGGAUGAGUUAAAGCACUUUUUUCUAACCUUGAUUUCAGACACACUGACACGUGUUAAAGUUGAUUUAAAAAAUCCAAAUCUACAAAUAUUUAAUACCAGCUCAACAAAAACGACGAUACUUGACAUUAAAACUUGAGUUUGACAGCCUUCGUGUCUGAGUUUGUUCCCCCUCUGACAGUUUUCACCAAAAUCACUCAGAGAGCUUACACAACAGCAGCAGAUCUCAUUAGCUGUAAUGAGUUUAAAGUGAGCACCAUAGCAGUGGGACAGCAGGACUUACUGUACGCUUCAUUAUUGAUGCAGACAUUUAGAAAUGCAGCACAGUGUGUCCUUCUGAGGAAUAUGACAGGACGCUCAAAAUGAGCCUAAAUCUUAUUUUCUGCAGGAGAACAGCGUCUUCAGCAUGGAAACUUGUUCUGCCUCCUUUUUUCAUGUCUCCUCCUUCUUCUCCUCCGAUCACCAGGCUCUAAGAAGAUGGAGCACAAGGGCAACAGUUGGCACGAGAACUGCUUCACCUGCAACCGUUGCCAGCAACCCCUUGGCACCAAGAGCUUCGUCCAGAAGGACUCAAACAACUACUGCCUGCCGUGCUAUGAGAAGCAGUUUGCUCAGCAGUGUGUCCACUGCAAGAAGGUAAAACCACGUCAAACUGCUGUGAAGUAAAGAAGAAAUCUGUGUUUGUUUCUCUGCACAUGUCGAAGUGCUUUCACUUUGCAGGAAUCCUGUUUAAACUACAAUUUCAGGACAUAACUGAAAUCCUCUGGAUGUCCUGUAACAGAGACAAGUUUGAAACUUGAAUUAGAAUCAUAAAUUUAGUUUAUUUUACUCUCUGGGACAAAAACUUUCAGCUUGGAUGGUUCAGAUGAAGAGAAAUAGAGAGAAGGAAGAAAGAGGGCCGACAUGUACGGUAUAUAAGAGCUAUAGACAGGAAACAGAUGGUCGCACAGGCAGGAGAAUCGGAGGCGUCUUUUUGUGCUAAAAGCUGGUCGGUGAGACAGCAGGCAUCUGGCUCGCCUGUGAUUCAACAACUCAGAAACAACCGGCAUUAAAGACGGAGAAAUUCAUCCGUGUGGAGCUGAACACGAGUGUGUAAGAGCUCCGGAUCCUUAAAGACGGCUCUUAAACCACAGCAGAGAGCAAAACUGACAGGCCUGCUGGUCCUCCCAGCUAAAUAUUUGAUGUUAUAAUGUCAUUGAAGCUGCUCAGGGCUGUGCUGCAGCGUCUAAGAGUCCCUGUCAUUUAUAUUAGGGAGAUGGAGCCAAACCUGCAAAUUUGAUAAGAUAAUAAAAAAUAAUAGAAGAUAACAGAAGAAUAGAUUUAUUUAUCCAAGAAAGGAAACUCACUGUGAGGUUGAACAGUUGCAGGAAUCACCGAGGACUGAGUCAGACUUUGAGUUUAGUUCAGUCUCCUUAAAAACCUAACCCUCCAGCUCAGAGCCCACAGAACAGAAUUCAGACCUGUAAUGAUUAAUCUAUAAAUUAAAUUCUUCAAAUGAAGACACUGACUAAUGCAGCAGCUUUGAGCUCUUUGUUUUAAUCUGAUUAUCAGACAGCAAAAGAUGCAGAAAUGAUCCUAAUCGGCUAAUCUGUCCUUAGAUAUUAAACAGACGAGCUGGGCAUAAAUAGGCUCAUUUGGAUCUGGACUCAAGUUGGUUAAUUUGGGCUUUUAAAACACAGAGAAGUUACACAGAGUUGUUUUAUGCCUCCAUAUCAAAGUUGACUGAAUGAUGCAUCAUUUUUGCAGUCAUUGAGUUUUUAUUUUAAGCCCAUCACCACCGGAGGAGUGAACUACCAUGAUCAGCCGUGGCAUAAGGAGUGUUUCGUCUGCAUCGGCUGCAAGCAGCAGCUGGCCGGUCAGAGGUUCACCUCCAGGGACGACUUCGCCUACUGCCUCGACUGUUUCUGCAACCUGUUUGCUAAGAAAUGUGCUCACUGCACCUCCCCGAUCAGCGGUAAAGUACAGCUGUGUUUGUAUCAGGUGUACUGCCUUUAAACGAGUCGGAUUAGUCCAUUAAAUACGGAGAGAUUAUACCAAACUAACGUGACAACAGUCUUGUUUAAAACUUUCAGACAGCUAAAUCAUACUUUUAUCAAAAGUCACGAAGAACAUUUUAUUCACUAGCUUUUAUAGUGUGAUAAUCUCAGGUUUAUUGACUUUAAUACACAGUUUUUUGGACUCAUUUUGUCCAACCCCGCCUGGUCACAGACCUCCAAAGUGCCUGUUUCAUUCAGCAGUUCCAUGUUUUAAGGUUUUGUCUGUAAUUUCCUAGAAAGAGUAUAACCUCAGUAGCUCAAAUCAGUUGUGUCACAGAAUAAACGGCACCAUUUGCAUUAAGGAAACCUUCCCCGGGUCACAUGCUCCUGUCUGCAUCCUGUGCAUCCACUCACCAAUAAACCAGUUACAGGGUUAUUAAAUUACAGGGAUCAUGAGACUGCUUGCAGGUUUUUGUAGGCCCCUCAUUUUCUGAUUUAUCUGCUUUUCUUUCAGGUCUUGGUGGCAGUAAGUACAUCUCAUUUGAGCAGCGCCAGUGGCACAACGACUGCUUCAACUGCAAGAGGUGCAGCAUGUCUCUGGUCGGCAGAGGUUUCCUGACCUGCAAAGACGACAUCCUCUGCCCCGACUGUGGGAGAGACGUCUGAGAAAUCUCUGAAUCAGAUAAGAGAUGAAUAUCAGUCAGAGAGCAGCAGCAGUUAAUCUCCUAACUCCACUAUUACUGCAUUCAGUGCAUCAUUUAUUGGUUUCUCUCACAUUAACUUGGCUCAUAUUUUCUUCAUACACUGAUAAUACUGUUUCAUUUUAAUAAUUAUUAUUAUUUAAAGCCUUCAUUAUGAACUGUAGCUCCCCCUCAAGAAACGUUUUGUGUUGACUGCCAUCACUUUUGUGAACUUUCAUGCAUUUCUGCAACAAGAUCAGUCCUUUUUGCUUUGGUAUAAACCUCUGUCAUUACAAUAAAACUAUAACUACUUUAAUAGAUAUUUUAUGCAACAUCUUCAUUGUAACGGAGACACAAUAUUACUAACAGAUAUGUUAAAUGAAGCUUAAUAAAGAGUUUUGGGGAAUUUGUGAA